GGGGGACGCGGGCGCCCCAUUGGCUCAGGCUGGGCCGAGCGCCUGGCGCGGAACGGGUGGGGAGCGGCCCCGGUCCGGGCGGGCCAUGGCCAGCACCGGGAGCCCCCUGUAUGAUGCUGUUCCAAUACAGUCAAGUGUGGUGUUAUGCUCCUGUUCAUCCCCUUCAAUGGUGAGGAACCAAGCAGAUUCCAGCACUCCAUCUGUCAUUUCCACUUGUGGCAACAGACAAGGAUCUAACAUGGAGGGCACAGCACCUGAAUCAAGAUCUAAUUCAAACUCCUUGCAGCAACAUAUGGGACAGCAGCCUCCACAGCCUCGAAAGAAACGACCUGAUGACUUCAAAUUUGGGAAAAUUCUGGGUGAAGGAUCUUUUUCAACGGUUGUCUUGGCUCGAGAAUUGGCAAGUUCUAGAGAAUAUGCCAUUAAAAUUCUAGAAAAACGCCAUAUCAUAAAAGAAAACAAGGUACCAUACGUGACACGAGAGAGAGAUGUAAUGUCCCGUCUGGAUCACCCUUUUUUUGUGAAACUCUACUUCACCUUUCAGGAUGAUGAAAAGCUAUAUUUUGGACUUAGCUAUGCCAAAAAUGGAGAGCUGCUAAAAUAUAUACGCAAAAUUGGCUCAUUUGAUGAGACCUGUACAAGGUUUUAUACUGCUGAAAUUGUAUCAGCCCUGGAGUAUUUGCAUGGCAAAGGAAUAAUUCACAGGGACCUUAAGCCAGAGAACAUCUUAUUAAAUGAAGAUAUGCACAUUCAAAUAACGGACUUUGGAACAGCAAAAGUAUUAUCUGCAGAUAGCAGACAAGCACGGGCAAACUCAUUUGUAGGGACAGCACAGUAUGUUUCUCCAGAACUGCUGACAGAGAAAUCUGCCUGUAAAAGCUCUGACCUCUGGGCUCUGGGAUGCAUAAUAUAUCAACUUGUAGCUGGAUUGCCUCCAUUUAGAGCUGGAAAUGAAUAUCUUAUAUUCCAGAAGAUAAUAAAAUUGGAAUAUGACUUCCCAGAAAAAUUUUUUCCCAAGGCAAAAGACCUUGUGGAGAAGCUAUUGGUUCUAGAUGCUGCCAACCGAUUAGGUUGUGAAGAAAUGGGAGGAUAUGGACCUCUUAAGGCUCACCCCUUCUUUGAAUCCAUUGUGUGGGAGAACCUGCAUCUUCAGACACCCCCUAAACUUACAGCGUAUUUACCUGCUAUGUCAGAGGAUGAUGAAGACUGUUAUGGAAAUUAUGACAAUCUCCUGAGUCAGUUCGGUUGCAUGCAAGUUUCUAGUUCUGCCUCUUCCCAUUCACUGUCUGCUGCAGAGACAAGUACACCACAGACAUCAGGAGGAAACAUUGAACAGUAUAUUCAUGAUCUUGACAACAAUUCCUUUGAGCUGGAUUUACAGUUUUCAGAAGAUGAAAAGAGGUUACUUCUGGCAAAACAAGCUGGUGGAAAUCCUUGGCAUCAGUUUGUAGAGAAUAACUUAAUCCUAAAAAUGGGUCCAGUGGACAAAAGAAAGGGAUUGUUUGCACGUCGGCGCCAAUUGCUACUUACGGAAGGGCCCCACCUGUAUUAUGUGGAUCCUGUCAACAAAGUUCUAAAAGGAGAAAUUCCAUGGUCUUUAGAGUUGCGUCCAGAAGCCAAGAAUUUUAAGACAUUUUUUGUUCACACGCCAAACAGGACAUAUUACCUGAUGGACCCAAGUGGGAAUGCUCAUAAAUGGUGCAAAAAGAUACAUGAAGUUUGGCGGCACAGAUACCACCAGAAUGCUGCAAAAUAGUAAAGCUCAUCCAAAAUUUCCCAGUUUCCCUACUUGCUGCUAGAACUCCGUGUGCAGCCGAUCAGAGGAAUCUUUUCAACCCACCUAUUGCCAUCUCAAGGGGAAGCAAAUGUCUGAAAUGUUCUUGCGGGGUUUAUUUCGUCUUUUUGUUUGGUUUUGAUUUUUGUUUUUGGUUUUCUUCUUUUGUUUGUUUGGGGUUUUUUUAUU